AUGGUUUUACGCAAAUCGCUCGUCGCUACGGGUUUUGCGUCUAAAAACUCAAUGAAAAAUUAUGAGUUCCUACUGGAGAAGUGCUGCGAUUUGGGCACCACUCGAGCCAAACAAUUGCCGACCGGCGGCUGCCGUUUCCACAACACAUCCUUCGACCGGCUGAUGACAAACUCGGAAUACCGGCGCCAAUGCGAGCUCGUGGUCGAGAUCUGCUGCGUGAAAGAGCACCGGCAGAGGAACUGCGAGGAGGGCAAGGCGUUCGCCAAAAGCCGUACCAACUGCUCGGCCAUACACACGGCUAUUGUCACGCAAGUGGCCAACGAGUCAGCCAAAGACUGUUGCCUGUCGUGCGAAUUGGGUCUCAUGGCC